AUGGCAGAGAUACCAGGGUUUGUGCCCGAUGCCAGCAGUACAGAGCAGGUGGAAUGCCCUGUCUGCUAUCAGGAAUAUAACCAGGGUGUGAAACGCCCCAGGCUCCUGGACUGCCACCACAUCUUCUGCACAGAAUGCCUGCAGAAGAUCCAUCUGGCCUUGCCUUCUAAUGUCAUCUCCUGCCCGCUGUGCCGCCACGCCACCCCCCUGACUCCAGGGGGCGCUCUCUCCCUGCCCUGCCAGCCGGUGCCCCUGCCUUUCAGACAGACGACGGUCACCCAGCGCUUGGUCUUCUCCGUGGAGUCCAGCACCGACCCCCGCUUCAUUAUCCUGCCCGCCCUGAGUCUGCAGGUGGAGCAGAUGUUGAGGGUGGUGGAGACUAGCUCUCCGCUGCCUCCUCCUGUCCAGGCCGGGGGACUGCGGCAGAGGCAGGGUGUGGUGUACGUGCAGCUGCUGUCCGUCGCAUUCUGGGCGCUAUUCGGCGUGAUUUGUGUGGUGGGUGCCUUUGUGGGGUCUCGUUAUUUUCACUUUUAG